GCCACUCACAGUGAUCUGUAUGCAACCGGUUCGCUGAAUAGGAGACAGGUUGUACUUAGGAAACAGUAUCCUAAAUCAUACACAUCCAAGGUGUCUACUCGAGUGUCGAAUUCACUUCUCGUUGGUGAAGUCCUUGGUCAGCUCUUAAUUGGCGUCCUAUGCGACAGAGUCGGGCGCAAAGCAGGGGUAGUAAUCACGACCUCCUUAAUCGUCAUCGGGGCCAUCCUUGCCACUGCUGCUCACGGGGCACAUGGAAGCAUCGUUGGCCUGUUCUGGUUCCUCACAGUGGCACGCGGGACUAUUGGAGUUGGCACUGGCGGAGAAUAUCCUGCGUCGUCGGCCAGCGCCAGCGAGGCAGCGAACGAGCUCACU